CCACAGGAAAAAAGUUACCCAAUGACGUCAAUAUUAAGGGAGUAUUUGCAUGCAAUGAGUUAGAUCUACGAGAAGUGCGUGUGUAUGGGUUUGACUAUGAUUAUACCUUGGCAUGCUACAAACCUAGUAUGGACUUUUUAUUGUAUAAUCUUGGCCGUGAUCGUCUGGUUGAAAAGUUAAAAUACCCUGAUGGAAUUCGAGAGCUGGAGUACCAGCCUGGCUUUGCCAUCAGAGGCCUCCAUUAUGAUGUCAGCAAAGGCUUGCUCUUGAAGCUGGACUCAUUCCUUCAGAUCCAGUUGGGCUCUGUGUACCGAGGCUUGACCCCACUGUCAGAUGAUGAUGUGAUGAAGCUGUACAAAAGUAGGACCAUUCCUCUGGCAUAUGUUGAAAGCGGAAGAGGUGGUGCGAAUAAGAAAGAUUCCUCCACUAAAAUGGUCCAAUUGGCCGACCUCUUUUCUGUGCCUGAAAUGAGUCUUUUGUGUAAUGUGUUAGAUUAUUUUAUAACACAUCAAAUUGAUUUCCAUCCAGAAAUUCUCUUCUCAGAUGUAAAGACAUCCGUUCAAAACUGCCAUCCCAUCAUGCAUAGAUUAGUAGAAGCUAAUGUGUCUGAAUAUCUUGAAUUAAAUCCAGACAUACGGAAGCUUUUUGAUCAUUUAAAAGCUGGUGGAAAGAAGUUGUUCCUCAUAACAAAUAGCCCUUAUAAUUUUGUAAACACUGGAAUGACCCUUCUUGUGGGUGAUGAUUGGCGGGACUUUUUCGACGUUGUAAUUGUUCAAGCACGAAAGCCUCGUUUUUUUACUGAUGAAUCAAGACCAAUUCGUAUGUAUGAUACAAAAUCACAUGUCCAUUUGUGGGACCGUGUCACAAAGCUUGAAAAAGGUCAAAUAUAUUGUGAGGGUACAUUGAAGCAACUUGAAGGUAUCACUGGCUGGCAGGGGAAACAAGUUCUUUACUUUGGUGACCACCCAUACACUGAUCUUGCUGAUGUGACUCUAGAGCAUGGUUGGCGUACAGGAGCCAUUGUGCAUGAACUCUCACAUGAAAUUCAAACAUUAAAUAAUGAUGAAUUUAAACUGAACUGCAAUUGGCUUCAGAUGCUAACAAUGCUUAUAGAGGACCAUCAAGAAAUUGAGGAUAAUCCAAUGGCUAAAAGAGUUCUAGAUAAAUGGAUUGAAGAGCGAGAUCAAUUGAGGCUUGCUAUCAAGAGUGUUUUCAAUCCUCAGUUUGGUUCAGUAUUUCGAACCUUCAACAACCCUACAUAUUUCUCCAGGCGACUUUUCCGCUUCGCUGACAUAUACACUGCCAAGGUGACAAAUUUGCUUCAUUACUCUACGGAUCACACAUUUUUCCCGAGACGGGGAGUGAUGCCUCAUGAGUAUUCAUCAUACUUCGUUUAGUUUGUUGUAAGAAAAUAUUUGAUGAUUAUAUUUUGGUAAUUCUUAUUGAGCUAUCCCUGGAGAAAACUACUGACAGACAGGGUCUUGUAGCUCCCAUAUCCUGUGACAAGUAUUAUUUGCAGGUUAUUUCUACAAAUUUCUGUACCUUUUGUUAUGUUUUGAGGCUGUAUUGAGGAAAUCAGUAUUAAAUCAGACAUGUCUAAAAUUGAAUGUUAAAGGGAUAUCCUUCCCUUCAUUGUACCUGUAAAAUAAUGUUAAAAAGCAAAUGAAUUUUGCCUCUUGAAUUUUAAAGACUGUUGGAGGAAACUGUGGGGGUACCAGCCAUAAUCAUGAUCUGUUCAAUUCAUAAGAUAUAUUCUAUUAUAAACUUUGAAGGGUAAUAUCUUUUAAUUGUAUCAUUGAGUAGUGUCUUUUGAUGUUACCAAUAUCUGUUAUUGUUUGCUGAGCAAAUAUAUUUAGUGAAACUUGUGACAUUAUUGCUCAAUUCACUAGUCUACCUCUCAUGUUUGAGAGUUUAUGUUGAGUGAUCAUAUUAGCAUGAUCAGUACAUCUAAUACAGCUGCGGAUUGUUGAACAGCAGGAAAUGUUACACUUGUUUUUAUGAAGGGGUAGAACAAGUCAAGUUACUCUAUCGCUGUCUUGCUUGUUUGUUUCUGUUUUGUUUUAUUUUUUGUUUGUUUUUUUAGUAAUACACUUUUAUUUCAGUCAUGAUGCACUUUCCAAGAAAUAAAAAUAUGUGUUGUGUGUUCUUAUGUAUUAUCUAAUUUAUUUAUUUUUUAGCUCAUGUUCCUAUUGUUGGAUUAAAUGACUAAAAAUUCUGCAGUCUUGACAUCAGAUGACUUUGCCUGUUAUCUUACUGAUGAUUUUUCUCUUCAAGUAAGAGCAAUGUCUGUACUCUGCAUUAUUUUUGUCCAGAUUGGUUAUUGUUCUAUAAGAUCUAUGAUCUAGGUGACCUUUUGCUAGAAGUGUGUAUCUGAUCUGUUAGUUCAUGUAAACUACGGCAUGUAGAGUGAAAAUUGAGAAAGCAACACAUAGUGAUGAUACAUUUGUGCAUAAAUGUUGUAUAUUUGUGGAGAUGAGUAGUGUAUGUGCUAUGCUUGUCAGUGAUUAAUUCUGUGAUUUUGCAAUUGAUGACAAUACAUGUGUUAGUUACAUGUAUGAAAGUUAGCUCUGUGCUUUCUGUUCUCUGAGCUCUAAUGUUUAUCUUACUUGGUUGGGUAUUAAAUUUAGAACAAACAAGAUGCUUGCUUGUAACAUGUUAUCUGUUUGAGUGUAAUUAUAGAACUGCUAAUGGUCUUAGUUAUCCCUCAUUCCGUAGCAAUGAUGUAAUCUUUCCAGGAUUGAUGCAUGUAGCUCUAGACUAGGUUGGUGAGAAAAUUUAGACUUUCAAAUUUCUGUUUUUAGGAAGCUCUUGAAGGUGGCAUUCAACCCCCAAUUUGGAUCAGUGUUUCGGUCAGAAAACAACCCAAGUUUCUUUUACCGAAAAAUUCACAGGCUAUCUGAUAUUUAUACGGCUCAUGUGACCAAUAUGCUUAAUUAUUCGUCUAACCAUAUAUUUUACCCCCAUUUUGAUGUAAUUCCUCAUGAACAUCAUCAUUUAUACUUCAUGUAAAAAAGAAGACCUAUUUUGUCAUGAUUGCAGUAAGGAAGAAUUUUCGCCAUUCUUUGCUGUCUGUGUUGUUUGAGUAAACAACAUGUUGUCAAAUAAAAUGCGUCUAAUUUAGUAAAAAUACAAAUAAAGCUUAGUGGUUGUUAAA